AUCGAGGUAAUCAUCAUGAAAGACUUCACUGUAUACUCCGAAGAAGUGAUCAAGAAGAUGGAAGGAGCUGAUGCGUGUAUUUGGGCAUUGGGAACGACCGAAGGCCGCCAGGACAUCGAAAUCGACUACCCGCUCGCCUUUUGUAAUGCUAUUGCCCCCUCCGUCGCGCGACAAAAGAAGCCGUUCCGAUAUGUGCACACCAGUGGACGGCUCGCGGAACAAGAUCAGGAGCGAUGUUUACUGUUCCUUUCGGGAGGGCGACGGAUUAAAGGGAAAGCGGAACUGGAAAUGAUGGACUUUGAGACGAAUGGCGAAUUUUUGCAUGGGGGACACUGGCAGAGUUUCAUUGUGAAGCCAUCGAUGGUUCUGCCGAAGAAAGGAGAGAAAGGGGAUCUAAGGUGGCUGGGGAGUGUGUUUAUUGGGAGCGUCGAUGUAGAUGAGCUUGCGGCGGCUAUGAUCGAUGUUGUGAGUAGUGGAAGCGAGGAAAAGAUUCUAGGGAAUGCGGAGUGUGUUAUGAGGGGGAGGGCGGCGCUAGAUCGAGAUCUGGAGGGAUGGGAAAGGGGGUAUGAGAAGGCUUCUUGGUCGCUCUGGUAGAUUGUGUCUUGUUGGCGUUGUUGCAUUGUUGGAGUUAGGGGUUAGAUAUUCAGCAAUUCUUGAAAUUAUAGUCGUG